UUAUUUGUAUGAUACACCCCGUGUCAUAUGACGUGGUCAAAAUGUCAUAAAUCUGCCGUCUAUUGAGUGUGCCAUGUCUCCUGUGUAUAUCAGUGGUUUGAAGUGUUAGCCCGGCCCGGUAACGUGAGCCGGCCCGGUAGCCCCUUGUGUUCCUUUGAUCCUGCACUUCCUUUAUGUGAACAUGGAGCAGGCAGCCAGCGUGAACGCAGAUCCGGUCGAACGCUCGGACAGUAAUGGUUUGUGUUUAUCUCUUGUCUAUAGGACGUUGCACUCAAUGGCGGAACUGGACUGGAUUCUGGCUCCUUGGAUUGUGCAACAACUUUGCAUAUGUGAUUAUGCUGAGCGCUGCCCAUGACAUCCUCAAAAAACAAGAGUCAGAAAACUCCACAGCACCUACUUCAGCCUCAUCAGCCGUGGAUUUCCAAGGUGGGAACAGCAGCAACAGUAGUCGCUAUGACUGCAGUCCUGUCUCCACUGCGGCAGUGCUGUUAGCUGACAUCCUCCCAACACUUGUCAUCAAGUUGUCUGCUCCCUUUGUGAUCCACAAACUGCCUUAUAGUAUCCGAGUAUUGAUCUGUGCCAUCAUGGCAGCAACAAGUUUCCUCGUUGUGUCCUUCUCCUCAGCUGUGUGGAUGAGCAUUCUAGGAGUGAUCUAUGCCAGUAUCAGCUCUGGUUUGGGAGAACUGUCCUUCCUUUCUCUCACUGUCUACUUCAGCAGGGAUGUACUGGCAGGUUGGGGCUCAGGUACUGGUGGUGCUGGUGUUGCUGGAGCCCUCCUAUACUCAGGCCUCACCCAAGUUGGCCUGUCUCCCCAAAUAACGCUUCGCAUCAUGCUGGUGGUCCCAUUUGCAAUGUUGAUUUGCUAUUUUUUCCUGCUGGUUCUUCCACGUUCAUUACCUCAGUGGAAAAGCAGGGAUACAGAAUAUACAGCUGUGGGCUCAGAGGAGAGACAGCAGCUGAUGGAUGGAUCAGAAGAAGAGGAGCAGGAGAAAUCAACCCCAGAGGACAGGACCACCAGCACACUCAACUUAACAGAGAAACUUCAUGUCAUCAAAGGCUUGCUGAAGUUUGUGUUUCCUCUGGGAUUGGUAUACUUUGCCGAGUACUUCAUCAACCAGGGCUUGAUGGAACUACUGUAUUUCCCCGAAGUUUUCCUGUCCCAUGCAGAGCAGUAUCGCUGGUACCAGACACUGUACCAAGUUGGUGUGUUGGUGUCUCGAUCCUCCCUGUGCUGUGUGAAGAUCAGGAAACUGUGGGCUCUCUCUUUGCUGCAGGUGUUGAAUGCAGUUCUGCUCCUUUGCGCUGUGCGUUACCAGUUCCUGCCCAGUGUCUGGCUGGUGUUCGUUGUAAUUCUCUAUGAGGGUCUGCUGGGUGGAGCGGCGUAUGUCAACACCUUCUACUUCAUCAGCAAGGAGACUGAAGACAGACAGAGGGAGUUUGCCAUGGCUGCUGCAAGUGUAGGAGACAGUCUGGGCAUAGCUCUGGCUGGACUCACUGCUCUCCCUGUCCACAGAUACUUCUGCUCCCUAUGAGCCAGCCCACACACCAACCAGCAGAAUGAAGAAGCAGGACUUAACAGUGUCCCUUUUGAAGGAUUCCUUUUAACCAAAAUGAGUUAGGGACAUUUUUUAGUUCUACACAAAAAUAUUGAUUCCACAUACUGUAUUUAAUGCCUAUUCCUAAUCACAAAAAGUUAGCCAUCAAGAUGGAGGCUGGACUUGUUAACUAACCUGUCCUUUUCUCAGGGCCAAGCUGUGAGUAGCAGUGAUGAGAGCCAGUUAUCUCAUGACACAAAUAGUUUUCAAGAGGACGGCAGGGUAGACACUGUCUUAAAGUAAGGGGAAAAUCUAACAUCUUUUAUAUGGAUCAGUGUUUAAAGUAAAUGUAGUCCACUGAAGCAAUAAAUCCUCAGUAUAGACAAUAUAGACAGAGAGCGGAGUUUGCAGCUGUGCGAUCAGUUAUUUUUCCUCCUUCCCAGGGUCAUCAUUUGAUGGAGAAUGUGAUCCGUGAUAAUGUCACCUACACCGAGCCUGCUACCUGCCAUAGAUGUGGUGUUUGGUAUGAGGAGGCAGUAAUGUACUCCAUACUGCUUUGGUGGAUAAAUAGAUCCGUCCUUUAUUAAUUACUAAAAUUUGGUUUGUGUGAUAUAUAUUUAUAACUAAAUUGUCUUUGGGAACAUAUCUUUCAUGUCACACAAUAUUGGGCUAUUUAACAUGCUGAUGAAAUUAUUCAUUCAUUUGGCAUAUUUCCCACUGAAAAUGUUGGCUGAGGCCGUGGCUGCCGUGCAAAAAGAUAUGGCUGGCAGCAAGAACUCUACGGAACCUGAGCUGUAGAGAGCAAACACCAACUGGCAGUGCCUUUGCUUAAAUCACCCUCCGAUGCCUACAGAAACUGAAUAUUUCAGCGUGGCAGUUUUAGUUGGAUACUGUUACUGAGAGAACCUGUGUGCGCAGUGCAUGAAAGUUUUCCUUGCAUGCAUAAGGUGUGCUGGAGACCUCCAUCAGGAUUCUAAAAAAAAUAACUGGAAAAGACAACCAGACAAGGAGCAGGGCUUAGAGGACAGAUGACCACUGAGUGCGUGUUUUUGUUACUUAACGGUAUUUUGCUAUUUUGUUUAGUUGCCUCUUAGUGAAAAGCUAAAUUAUAAAAGAUAAACAAAGGGAGUGAGGCUGCACUGCCACUGACAGUAUGGAAAAUAAUGAAAGUAGUAGUAGUAGUAGUAGCAGUAGCAGUGCACUAACAUUAGUGGUUCAUAUCAAUGCUUGUCCUGUAGCUGCUUCACAAGAAAAUGAUUUCUCUGGUUUAGUCCUACAAGCAUAUGAAGCAGCAAAACAGGGCAGGAAAUGUUCACUUUAUGUCUACAGCAGUUGUAACUGACGAAAUGCAGUAUGAACGACACUUAUCUCAGAGCAACAAAGCAUAUCACAUAAUUAGUUAAUAUUUUAAUUGCAUUUACAGAUUAUUUUUAAAGUGCUUCUGAAUGAAGCAUCUUAUUUUCAAAGAUAGCAUCUGCUGUAUCUUUGUCAUAUCAUAUAGUUUGAGGAGCUUCCUGUUAGUGGACAGAAGGUGGUGAGUCUGAACUAACCAAAAAGUGACACUAGAGUUGAGCAUUAGGUAACUGUAAUUUUACUGAUCUCAUUUACUAUUAUUCGUGACAAUAAAGUGUCAAUCUCUUACUGCCCUUUACAGCUGGCAUUGUACUCAAUAACCUAUUGCAACUUUAAAACCAAAAAUGGUAUAAUAAAAUGAUUGGUAAUAAACAACACAAAACAAGCACAAAAAA